CUCAAAUGCAAAACACGUAUGAUUACAAUCAAAUCAGUUGCAGAUCGGCCCUGGAGAACCCUCUCAGGAUCAAUCACGUCCCAGAAAUCCUCGUUCGGGUGCAAUGAAAACGCGACUAGCUGUUCAUGGCAAAUGGGCGGCCACGGUCGAACAGCACGAGGACACGCCAGAGACAACAGCAAACCGUCAAGAUCCUUCGAUUAUCCUGGCCACAGUUCUCGAGCUCCGGAGGCAAAGCAGACUCCGGGGCCGUGGACAUUGAGAAAGACAUAGCAGGCAGAGUGUUUGUCGUGGAGGAAGGAAGUCUAGAGGAGCUGAAGCAAGAGUCCAGUCCAGACAUCACUCGAGUUGAUGGAUAUGCUGGAACGUCAUUCUUUCUGGAUAAUGAAUUCAGUAGAAUGGUCGACUCGCCAGCUCGAAGCUGGAGUGGAAGCGCAAGCAACGAAAAAACACCACGAAUUGAACCCGCAGACGCCUCGCGCCCUCCCCCAUCUCCCCAACUCCUAACGAAAGACACAGGCCGGCAAGAUUCCGCAUACGAGUCCAUCAGAGGGAAUCAUGACGAAAACCCUAAGAUCGGCCCCGAUAUACAAUCAAGAAACAUUCGCGCAAGGGAGAGGGUAGAGAUCCUGCGAGGUCGAGUGUUGCGGUCUCGUCGAGAUAUAAAUGAGAAGAGGGAGGAGGUGCAAACACUUCGCGAGAAAUUCCGCGACGCGACGGACAAAUUGAUGCGAUUUUUGAACGAGUUCAUGGUGCAGGAAAGCGACAGGAAUCGAGCCGCCCUGAUCCCAUACUAUGAGCAGGUGCGCGCUUCACAAGACCAACUUGGCCCCGCAGAGGACGACUAUGAUAUCCUUGAGAUCCGUCUCAUCCGGGAAGAAGCUGAGCUGGAGCAGGAAGAGACGCGAUUUUACACGUCUAACAACAUUGUUCUUCGCCUUCAUCCAGACGACAAGCUCGACGAGCAAUUGACACCCCUCAUUAAACCAUACGAACCAGAAGAUGUUGAAUAUGAGAAUCUGGAUCUAGAAAAUGAGCUUGUGAAGGAGUAUCUUGCUUUAGUUGCAGAAGCUGACCAUCUUGGCGGCGAGCUCGAUUCACUUGAGGACGAGCAGUAUCGACUUAGUCAGGACCUUUCACUUCGUAUGAGAUAUAAAAUCCCAAUUACGGAACAAACAUCAACUUUUCUUUUCGAAUUUCCUCAAGCUCAUAAGCAACUUCUCCAGCAACUCCACGAUGUUGAAGACAAACUCUAUGACCUUCGCGAUCGUUGUAUUGCCGAGCACCUCUUCGCCGAAUCUGAACACCUCUACGUACCUCACAACGCGCUCGUCGAAGAGAUAAAUGAAUCAAUGAACGAUGCCAGAGAUCGAAGAUCACUACGCACAGCAGCGCUGCACCAUAACAUCGCUACUCAUCUGCAAGAUACUGAUUUUGCGGACAAGAAGGAUUAUGUGAAUUCGUGGCUAUUGGAUUGGAUUCAAGACUCAUCGCUCGACGCCUUGAGACUCAAGGAUAUCAUCUAUUCACAAUACCCACAGGAUGGGAGACAACUUCAGGAUGACGACUGGUCAGAGCUUGCGUUGGAUUUCUGGAACCGGGACGAGCCUGGGAAGUCCGCAAUACAGAAGAACGUUCUGAGUACAAUGGAUGUACUGGGCACAGGCACCAGCGGAUAUGAUCUUAGCUUGAUGGUCGAUCUCGGGGGAAGUGAAGCAGCUUCGUACACUGCCCAAAGAAUGAGCUCAGGAAUGCGGCAAGAGGAAGUCUCCUCGGAUGUUGGACUGGUCAUCCGUAUGGGUCCGCCGCUCCCUCAACAAGGGAGACCCAGACGGUCUAGCUUAUGAAAAACCUUUGUCUCCAAUUUGAACCUUAAACUUUCUUCUCUUCCCACCAUCACGAUUGCCAGUGGAAUAGGACGGGGAAAGCGUACAGAGACGUCCCGGGAAGUAGAAUCAAGGUGGAUCCCCCUUUUGCGACUGUGGCUGUGUGUUAUCUACGCGAACAAAUAUCCCCCUUCUCUGUAUAUGAGCACUCUGAAGACGAACUCUCUACAAGGGCAAGACUUGUUCUGAGGGUGGAGUUUAGAGAAUGUUGGACACCAACUCGUCAAGUCGAGAUACUGAAUUUUUGUUUUUCCAUUACACCACUCUUAAUCCCCACCGGCCAGCGACGGCAAAGGAUAGAAAUAUAGAUCCACAACAUUCAAUAUUUAUCUAUCUUCAU